GAAAUAUUAUAUCAUUUUCGAUAUCAGACGAAAAUCCACUGACCAAUCAGCGUUGACUUAACAAAACCCGAAGGGAUAGUGCUGAUUGUAAAUAAACAGAUGAUGGCGGCUAUCAUAAAUUUGUGUUCGUCGACCAUAUGCCGGUGUUUUUGAAGGAAAAGCUCAUAACUUGGCUGCUGAUGCAUCGCGCACAUGAAUCGACAUUGAUCUUUGGCGGGGAAGACAUUUGAACCAAGGUUGAUACUCGUAUGUGCAACUAUACCAUUGAAAAUCUUCAGGUUUGAUGGCUUUGUAAGAUUGCAGACAAAUCACCCCGGGGCUAUUAGCCUUGGGCCUAAUCGGAUCUAGUUAACUUAUCAUCGGGCUCGUCAUACCGGAGUUAGACAUCGUGUACAAUAGCAGUGAUCUGGUUCCUAUUUUGGUGUUACAUCGUGGUGGAGAGUCCGGCCAAGCAUACAUCUAUAUCAAACUCUGAACUGGAUUACAUCCAGUCUAAAAUUGGUUAUACAGAGGAACAGUCUCAUGACAUGCGGCCACCGUGGAUACAGAUCAUCUCGUCCCCUGCCGUAUGGGCGAUUGUUAUUGCUCACUUCGCUGAGAACUGGGGUUUUUACACCUGGUUGACAGAGCUUCCCACCUUCAUGAAAUUUGCACUUAAUUUUGAUCUCCAAAAUGCUGGCUUCCUGUCUGCUCUGCCUUACCUUGUCAUGGGGAUGGUGGUGAUAGGAGGCGGGUGUCUAGCUGACCAUCUACGUUCACGUUUCCAGCUGAACACUGGAUUGGUCAGGAAACUCUUCACUUCUGGAGCCUUUGGGUUCCAGGUGGUUUUUAUGGUCAGUGCAGGCUACUCCACCUCGUCGACAGGAGCCAUCACCUGUCUCGUACUGGCCGUGGGGCUGGGGGGAUUUGCAUGGGCAGGAUUUAGUGUCAACCAUUUGGAUAUAGCGCCUCAGUAUGCCAGUAUCCUGAUGGGUAUCUCCAAUACGUUUGCUACCAUCCCUGGUAUUGUGAGUCCACUGUUGACCAGCAUCAUUGUCGAGGACAAGGGAGACACUGGGUUAUGGCAGAUUGUGUUUUACAUUGCCGCUGGUAUAUACCUGGUCGGCGGUCUCUUGUUUGGCCUUCUGGCCUCUGGAGAGCGGCAACGAUGGGCAGAAGUACCAACAGGCUACCUCUCUCAGCAGGAUAUCGAGAGGGAUGACCUUUGAACUUCGACCUGUUCGCUAGGCUGUCUCAAUAGGAUAAAGAAAAUGAAUGACCUUGGAACUUAAAUCUCUUCUUGUAUGGAUUGUUGCAACAGAACAGAAUGACUGAACUUGGAUCUGUCCUGUGGGCUGUUUCAACAGGAUAUAGCAAGGAAUGACCUCUGAACAUUGACCCCUGGGUCACCUCAUCAGUAAAAAAUUACUAAACAUUGUUUGACAUAUUAAAAGACUGCCAGGAUGUUGUCAAUAAUGGCAUAAGAUUAGACUCUGUAUAUGUGAUAUUGACAGGAAGAAAUAUGGUCUCUUUUUAACCCGGUAUCUAUAACUAAGCAAAAUUCUAUUACAAAGCACACCUGAAUUAAGACAGUGGGGUCUGACUUCAUAACUGACAACUAAGAUAUGUCUCUUUUUAGAACAUUACGGUAACUUGGACAAUAAUGGAUCUGACCAAUCUGGAC